AUGGUUGCGACACCACAUGGUGGACAAUUAACACCCCGUUCAGUUUCUAAAGAGCAAGCACAAAAACUAAAAGAAACCUACCCCAAAGCGCCAGUCAUAGAGGUUACAGAAAACACAUUUGCUGACAUCGAAAUGUUUGCAGUUGGUGCAAUGGCACCAUUAACUGGUUUUGUGGGUAAAGCUGAUUACGAUUCAAUUAUUGACAACAUUCGUUUAACAAAUGGCCUAGUCUGGCCAUUUCCAAUUGUGUUAGCAGCCGAUCAAGACACAGCCACUGCCGCACAAACAGUAGGCGCCAUUUUAUUAACUUUCCAAGGGAGUGAAAUAGCCUUAGUUGAAGUUGAAGAAGUUUAUGAACCAGAUUUAGAACGUGAAACAACAUCAGUUUUUGGCACAAAUGAUGCUAGUCAUCCUGGUGUACAAUACGUUCAAGGACUCCCAGAAAAACGUCUUGCUGGCCCUGUACACACUUUUGAAUUACCAGAGCAACUCUACCAAGAUCACCGUUUAACACCAGCACAGACGCGUAGUGAAUUUGAAAAACGUGGUUGGGAAACAGUUGUCGCUUUCCAAACACGUAACCCAAUCCACCGUGCUCAUGAGUAUCUAACAAAAGUUGCUUUAGAAGGUGUUGACGGCCUCAUAAUUCACCCACUCGUAGGCGCAACAAAACCAGGUGAUAUCCCUGCAGAUAUUCGUGUUCAGUGCUACGAAAUUAUGAUGGAAAAGUACUAUAAUCCCAAACGUGUUCUUUUAGCGAUGUUUCCUGCAGCAAUGCGUUAUGCUGGACCACGUGAAGCAAUUUUUCAUGCGUUAACACGCAAGAACUACGGCUGCAGCCAUUUUAUUGUCGGGCGUGACCAUGCAGGAGUUGGCGAUUACUACGGCACCUAUGAUGCUCAAGACAUCUUUAACCAAUUUAGUUUUGAUGAUCUAGGUAUUCAUAUUCUAAAAUUUGAACAUUCCUUUUAUUGCACACGCACACAACAAAUGGCAACUGCCAAAACAACUGCUUCCAGCCCCGAAGAACGUAUUUUCUUAAGUGGUACAAAAGUACGUGAAAUGUUAGACAACGGCCAGCGCCCACCAGAAGAAUUCACACGCCCGGAAGUCGCUGACUUAUUGAUUCAAGCCUAUGCAAAAGCUUAA